UAUCGGAGCGGGUCAAUACUUGACCCAAUAUCAAGUUGGAGCAUAUAUACCUUAAAAACCAACCUCGACGGCUACGUUUCACUUUUCAGAUCUCUUUUUGCCUUUGCAGUUUCACUUCCAGUUUCAUUUCAGGUUAAGAUUAUGGCGGAGGCAAAACCUGGAUUGAGAAAGCCGACCUUCACUAAGGUCGAACAGCUUCGACCGGGGACUAGUGGCCACACUCUGACUGUCAAGGUGGUGAAUACUAAGAUGGUGAUGCAGAAGGGUCGUCCCGAUGGUCCUCAGCCUCGUCAGAUGCGAAUUGCUGAAAGUUUGGUUGGGGAUGAGACUGGGAUGAUCAUCUUUACUGCGAGAAAUGAUCAAGUCGAUCUGCUGAAAGAUGGCUCUACUAUCAUUUUGCGAAAUGCAAAAAUUGACAUGUUUAAAGGAUCAAUGAGGCUUGCUGUGGACAAAUGGGGCCGUGUUGAAGUAACAGAUCCUGCUGAUUUCACUGUUAAGGAAGACAACAACCUGUCCCUUAUUGAAUAUGAACUUGUUAAUGUUGUGGAGUAACUUGUUGGAUUAGUUUGCAACUUCUACUGUGUUAUAAUGGGAAUAAAGCAAAUCCAUCAACUAGGAAAAGAGAUUUGGAAGCAGUGGUACCAAGAAUUAUUUCUUCCAGUUGAAUCAGUGGUUCUAAUACAACUGAAAAAAAAAAUUGUGAUGUGCAUUGCUUUAAAUGAAAGAUAAGGGAAUUGGCUUCCAAAUCUUGCUUUUUGUUUUGUUAUCUUAUCUUUAAUUAUGGAUUUUGUGCAUCUUUCGACCUUUAGAUCUCAUGUACUGGAGUAUAUUAUAUGUGGAUGACAAGCCUUUAUACUUCAUGUAAUCCCUUUUUUGCUUUUAAUACUCCCAAUUAUAAUCAA